AUCAUUUACAAAUUGAAGAUUCCGCGUAUCACGGACGGGCUACACUCUCUGCAUUGCCAUAAAAACACCCUUUAUAAAACCAUAAUAAUAUCAUCCCAUUUCUCUCCAAUCCUUCACUACACUAAUCCCCAAAAACCCCCAUUUCCUUCUCAACAACAAUGGCGAAUGCCGAUAUUACCAAAGGCUCCACCGUAGAAGUAAGCAGCGACGAACCAGGCUUCCACGGCGCCUGGUACGUCGCCCAAGUCCUAGAAGACAAAGUCCAACCUUCUUCUUCAACCAAGAAAAAAUCAUCCAAAAAGCUCAACAAACCCCGUUACUUAGUAAAAUACGCCACAUUGCUCGAAGAAGAUAGUGAUGACCCGUUGAUCGAGACUGUUGACCUUUCCUUUGUUAGACCUUUGCCUCCGAGUAACAUUCGCCGUAACAAUGACGGUAUUGUUAAGGAGGCUGAGGUGGUGGUGGUGGAGGGUAACGGUAACAGUAACAGUAACAGUAACAGUGACGGUGACGGUGAUUUUGAGCUGUACGACGUCGUCGAUGCGUACCAUAGAGAUGGGUGGUGGCAGGGUGUGGUGAAAACGGUGAUUCUUGAGGGUGAAAUGAGGAAGUAUGUUGUUUCGUUUGAAAACCCUUAUGAGGAAUAUGAGUUUGAAAAGUCAAAAUUGAGGCUUCAUGUUGACUGGGUUGACUCACGUUGGUUGAUCCCACCAAAGAAGACACCAGAUGAGGAACUAGGCGAUAGAAAUGCAUCAGAUGAUGCUCAAUCAGGCUUCACUACGCCAUCUAGUGGUACUGCGAUAACUCAUGUGGACAAUGUAGCUGUUGGCUCUUCACUUUUGACCAAGAAGAACAGUCGCCCAAGAACACGAUCUGAAACUAGUUCUGUUGUGGAUAUUUCAGUUACUUAUAGCAGAAAUAAGAGAAAUGCGAAUUUAGUCGAUGAUGGUUCACGAGGGAAAAGGUCCAAAUCUUCAACAGGUAGCAAGGGAAACACAAAAGCUAUUGUGCCUGUUUCGGAAACAGGCGGAUGUGAUGAUAUUAAUCAAGAUUCACCUCUUGUCGAGGACGUGAUAAACAUAACACAAACUCGCGAGGCAGAGGAUGGCAAGAGCCAUCAGAAAAGAAAGAGAGGAACAAAAGCAAAGUUAGCGGUUAAUAAACCGAUUGAUUUACUACAAGAUGAGCAUGAAUUCAGUGAUGUUGAUGAGGCACCUCUGUCAGUCUGGUUUAAAGGCAUGCGUGCGCUCUCACUUUUAAAGCGAAGUUCCUGUAUUAGUCCUCCUGACAACUCACCGAAUCAAGCCAUUGUCGCUAGUGGUGCUAGUGGUGUUGGUGCUGGUGCUGGAACCACCACCACCACCACCACCGCCGACUACCAACAAAAUUGGCCAUUUAUCAAGCGGGCUCCAAUCUGGGUCGCCAUUGAAUCUCUUGAGUUGUACAAAAAACCACCUCAAAAGCCACACUUUUCGCCAUUGAAGAAGACAAAAAUGGAUUAUCGUGAGGGUUUAGCCAUUGCUUUCAUGGUGACAUAUGGGAAUCUUGUUCAGAGCCUUGAAGACUUGCAACUGAAUGAUUCUGUUGACAUAAUCAAAGCCAAUUUGGAAACUUUAUGUGAGUUAGAGACUCAUGGGUUUGAUGUGGGCGCAAUUCGGGGUCGUUUAAACGAACUACUUUCAUUGAUAUCCAAAGUGGGCCCACAUAAGGAUAAGCGUAAAGAAGUUGAAAACGAGCUUGAAAAGUGCAAUCAUGAAAAGUCUGAAGCGGAGAAAGAAAUGGAUCGAUUAAAGGCGAAGAUGCAGGAGUUGAAAGAAAAGACGGCGCAGACGGCUGCUAUGAAGAAAACAAAGGAGGAAGAAAUUGUGAAGUUGCAAACAAACUUGGAUCUUGUUUCGAAAGAAAUUAACGAUUGGGAAGUUGCUUUUGGAAAACUCUGUAAGAAAGGUCUUAGUUUGGAUUAAGCUGACGUGGCAAAACGCUUCAUCUUUGCUAUGGUUUUUGUUAGCUGUAUAAAUUAAGCCUACUGUUUCUAUGUUAAUGUGAAAAAAUAACUUGGUUUAUUUUGUUA